UACAUUUUUUACAGAUUGGCAGCCUGAAAGCUGCGCCGCGGCGGUUUUUUUUUUGUUGAGUGGAUUUCUCUCAUUUUCUGCACGAAGGUGUUGCGGAUUGAUAGAGAAACCGGAGUUUUAGUUGGUUUUCGGAAAAUUGUGCGGCGAUUUCGGUGGAAAGAAGGCUUCAAGAUUUCUGGGCCGCUAAUACUUCCAAAAGAAGAGCGGAUUCUUUGAAGUAACCCCACGGAUAGCGCAAGAUGUCAAAGAAAAUGUCUCGCUAUCCUCACGAUGCCAAGGUUUAUGUUGGCGAGCUCGGAAACAACGCUAGCAAGCAGGAGAUUGAGGAUGCCUUUUCUUACUAUGGACCGUUGAGGAAUGUUUGGGUGGCCAGGAAUCCUCCGGGAUUUGCGUUCGUGGAGUUUGACGAUGCUCGGGACGCCGAGGAUUCGGUGCGCGGCCUCGACGGGAGAACAGUAUGCGGUCGUCGUGUACGUGUCGAGCUGUCUACCGGGAAAGGAGGUCGUGGGUUCCGCGGCGGAGGCGGCGGCGGUGGUGGUGGUGGUGGCGGUGGCGGAGGACCACCCCGCGGCAAGGGUGGCCGAGGGGCAUUCAAUCCGGAUGAUCGCUGUUACGAGUGCGGCGGGAGAGGACAUUACGCUCGUGAUUGCACUCGCUCAGGCAGGGGCAAAGGUCGCAGAAGAUCUCGUAGCCGUAGUCCUCGUUCGCGUUCUCGCGAGCUCCGCACUCGCUCCAAGACUUACAGCCGUAGUCGCAGCCGUGAUCGCGACCGUGAGCGUGAUCGCAAUCGGCGAUCUCGGUCCAAGACACCGAAAAAGUCCACCCGAAACGAGCGCUCUUUGAGCCGCGACCACAGCAAGUCACCGCGGCGUUCGAUUUCGAAGGGACAUUCCCGUAGUCGCUCCAGAACACCGCGCUCGGCUACCAGGUCCCGCUCCCGGUCCCACCGUCGCAACGGAACUGCGCAUCACGACUAGAAGAAGGCACCGCGCCAAACGACGCUUGAUGACACCCGAAGAUCCCGACUACCACCGAGGACGAAAAACAGGCGUAAUUCAAGGAAAAAUGCUAACACUUCAAAACUGCAUUCAAUUUGACACAUUGAUGUCCUCCCUUUUGUUUUUGACAAGGUUUUAAAGUGAUCAAAUUAUGAUUUACUUAAUCUGUGGCAGUAGCAUGGCCAUUCUGAUUACUCUAUGACUGUAAGUUUUACUACAUUUAAAAACAAACAUUUAAUAAUGCAAAACCAUCCCUUGCAACAUCUCCAACGGCACGAAUCUCAUUGGAGUUAGGACUAACAAGGUAUUCCAAUAUCUUGUUUUCUAACGAGUUGAGAUUUACGUCCCAGAAAUAUUACAAGGUGAUUAUCCGUAAGAAUGGGCUCCGAUCCGUUUCACCUUUAUAUUGAUUUGUUAAAAAUUAACAAACUAUUUGAGAUUGAUCAUACUUGAUGUAAUAAAAUGCUUAUACUAUAGAUAAUAAAUUAAGGAUUGCAGCACUUUGACGUAUCGAAAGCUCUCUGUACGGAUCAUGCAUUUAUCACUGGUUUUCUUCCAAUAAAAUAUCAGAUUCAUCUGAAUGAGAAAGCCACACUUCUAUGUGUUUUUUUAGAAAAGCAGAAUCUUCAAUCAACAGUAUCAUAAUUUCGUUCGUAUGCACUUAUUUAUAAAUAUGAACUUAUCGUGUAAUGCAAGAAUAAUAAAGUAUUUCAACUGUAACAUGUCAAA